AUGCAUCGAUCCCCUUCUCACAUGCGAAAACGAAAGGAACGGUUCCUUGCAAUAUUGGAAGACAAUCAGGCUCUGUGCAACCACAUCACAGGAGUCAAGCUCGAAUCCGAUUACCGCAAUAUUUCAUGGAUGACGGACGAAUUAAUGGACCGCAUCCUAUGCAACCUUUCGGAGCAUUCCAUUUUGACGUCGUUGGAAAUUAGCGGCAAAGUGAAGACAGGCGUCGAUGGAAGGCAUCUCCACGACACCCUUUUUGCCAGCAUCCCUCCCACCAUUACUCACAUCGCCCUCAACAACAUUCGGGGGAUGUCGCCAUUAAGCUUCCAGUUCUUUCGUCAUGUGUCGGUCCUGCGAUUCACGGGUGUCUUCACCAGAGCGGCGGGACGACAGACAUUGGCACAGACUCUGCAAAAUUACCCGCCUCAAUGUCAAGGACUGCAACCGCAUCCGCGGAUGUUGGAAUACUCGAGGCAACCCAAGUGGGGCGAGGAAUGGACCGCGCGGUCUCAGGAAGUGUUACCCCACUACGUCAAUUUGGAGCAGUUGGAAGAGGCGGAUUUCCAAACAUAUUCAGAGGACGAUGUCUCUACUCUGGUGUCCACGUUGCGCGCUGGUGGGCAAUCGGUUCAGCGGCUCUCGAUCAACGUAUCGGGAUUGACAAGCGUAGAAGGCAUUCUGCCGGCCAGUGCGAUGGAGAUCGCGAGCAUGGACAAGUUGAAGACGCUCACGCUGAACACGGAGUAUUGGGAGGUAUAUCCCAUUCAAGUACGGCCAUGGCAAGCGGUGACAUAUGCCCUUGAAGUGUUGCAUUGCCGCAAGGUGGAAAGUUUGACGAUAGUCAACCACUAUGGUGGACGAAGGAGAGAGGACUGGGUGCGUUUUUUGGCCUCGAUGGACAAUAUCGGUAUGAGAACAGCAGGUGAAACGAGAGUAGAGGAUCGAGUCAAGGAAGUACCAGGGGCUACGUGGCUAUUAUCAUUAGUCAUCCUGGAUGUGCGCGACCAGGAUACACCGGAACCGCACUACAAAAGCCGGAAGCAGGUGCCCUAUUCGGGAGGCAUCGGGAUAGCGUACACGAGCCCAGUGAAGAAGAGGAAUGCGCGCAAGGAGAAGACGACCGCCGCGCCCUUCGGGAGCGCGGUUGUCAAGAAAGCAUUGCUGGACGCACUUGACGUUCUCGACGAACUGGAGGCCACCGACCGCGAGGGUGAACAGAUGGAGGAUGGGCAAUGCUGUUAUGACGACUCCGAAAUCGCUGCGAACACAUGGGAAAGUCACCAUUUCUCCGACGACAUCGCAGAAAUUGCCUUGGAUGACGAACCUGUGGGAGUAAACUCAAUGGAGACAGCAACGAUGGAUAUGAUGGAAUCACUUGACCACGACCAUGACUUUACAGCCGACGUAGACCCAGUCGACGCCCGCAACGACUCUCCUCCACCUGAACAGCGGGAAACAGAAUCCGCCAAAGCAGCAGCGCGUCUCCAAACCAGUUGGGCCACCACACUUCCGUCUCUUGAAGACCCGUAUUUGGAAUUCAAAGCGCAACUAUACGGCAAACCUAUCCCUGCUGUCACGACCACCCUCACAUUCAAAUGCGAACUGCCUGCCGGGCAAUGCACUUAUUCCUCCAACGAAGUCCAGGUGUUGAGUUUGGAUGGUUUUUGGGAUAUCGUGGCGUACUCGUGUCGAUGCGAUUCCUUGUGUAAAGUCCUUGUUCGCAACGGUUUCUUCCCCUCCUCCCCCGCUGUACCUCGAUUAGCUGUCGCUAUACCACUUCUCGAUUUUUAUCGGUCCCUUUUCGAACAAUCCUGUGAUGCAGUAACCGCCUUUUCGGACGCGUGUAAGAAGUACUACAAAAGAAGAGGGUUCCAUCAUCGUAACAGCAAGGUAGGUAGGUCGUUAGUGAUGGACACGGGUUUUUGA